AUGAUGCUGUCCCGCUCGCUCCUCACUCUCUUCUCCCUGGCAGCAACGGCCGCCGCAACCGCAAUCCCUCGCGCCGACACGACCUGCACAAAUCCAGAGGUCCGCAAAGAAUGGCGUGAACUCACCACAACCGAGAAAGCAGAGUACAUCCGCGCCGCCGUCUGCCUCCGCAACCUCCCCAAAGCAAAAUACGCCGCCAUCGACGCCCUCCACGAGGACCUCCUCCGGUCCGAGUGCGGCUUCAAGGGAACGCAGCCAUACUGGGACUGGAGCAUCGACGCCGACGCCCUCGAUACGCAGCACUCCCCCGUCUUUGACCCGGUCACUGGCUUUGGUGGGGAUGGCAAGCGCACGGGUAGCGACGUGCCGGGCUUCCAGCGAUGCGUGGUCGACGGUCCGUUUGCCAACACGAACUUGACGUUGGCUAUGGGGUGGCCUGAUAUGAACACGCCCGGAAACAGGCUGCACUGCUUCACGCGCGAGUUCAACGGCGGCGAGGGUAACGACGCGAAUGGCGAUCCUAUUAUUGGUGAUAUGCAGGCGGGAGCAUACAACUCGAGGACCAUGAACACCAUCUACGGUUUCGACAGGUUCCCCGAUAUGGUCUCCAUGCUCGAGGGACUGCCGCAUGCGCAGAUUCACAGCAUCAUCUUUGGUGACAUGGGUCCCGCCACCUCGCCCAACGAGCCUCUCUUUUUCCUCCACCACGGCAAUGUUGACCGUGCCUGGGCCAAGUGGCAAGGGCGUAACGCUACCCGCCUCACCGAUUACGCAGGCUUCAACAACCCCGACAAGACCAUCUCCGCCUCCAUCACAGAUACCAUGCCUGUCUUGGAACUCGUCGACGUCGAGCCCGUCGUCAAGGACUACAUGGACACCCUGAGCGGUCCUCUGUGCUACACCUAUUCAUCCAUGUGA